AUGUUCUUCGAACAGCUCCGUGAGCUUUUGAACGUACGUCUUAUGCAGCUGCUCAAUCUGCUCUUCGCUCCGAUCUUCCACUCGUUCCACUCGAAUCGAAGGAGAGCGAACCGGCCGAGGAAUGCAGGAAUCCGCGUCCUUUUACGAUCGGAAGCGACGUUCCCAUCACUUUCAGAGCGUGCUCCGGAAGUUUGGAGCCCACCGGGUUGCUCACCUGAAAUGGAUCGGAAAAGUUAGUGAAUGCAUUGUUCUCUCCGAAAGAGUGACGAGUGCCCACCGAAAGAAUCCCUUCCGAGACUUGAGCAUUCUGUGCUUCGGCUGCUCCGCUUCUCUCCGAGCGCACAACGAAUGGAUUCGCGGGAACGGUCAAUGGACCCGAAGAGCAACAAUAAAAUCUCCCAACGAAUGGAUAAAAACAACUGCAUUCCGAGGGGGUACAGGUUGAAAUGAAUUCCAGGAAACUGAAAAAGAGCGUCUUGAAACUAUACAAAGACCAUUCACAAUGAUUCCCGCUCUCAUCGUUUAUCGUCUGAAACUAACUGGACCUUCACAAAUCUUCCGAGACCCAAUGGUUUCCCGUGUCUACCAUUCCCCCCCUCCUUCAUGUUUUUUUUCCCGCCAACAUCAUUGACCACACUCCAAACACCGCGGUGUUUCCCACCUGUCACUGUUUUCUCCGCUGUUUAGUUUUGCCGUCCUCAUCGGUUCGUGGCGACACUCUGGUCGGUCGACAAACAGUUGUGUAACACCUGCUUUUCUCUUUUCUCUUCACUUACUCGCCUCUCAUUUCUCAUCUAUCAGAAUCACGCAGUUCAGUUCACGGUGAACCCACGUGGAUUCUCUUCGUAAUCCAAAAACGUUUCCUCUAAUGAUGAUCACUUCAGAAUGCUAAAAAUCCCCCGGAACGUUGUCUCUUCGAUCUCUCCGCUUUCCACGGCUGCCACGUGGAACUCAUCUUCUCGAGUCCCUCCACUUCAGCAUCUUUCCGAUCAUGAACAGAAACUUGUGGAUAAAGGUGAGCAAUUGUCUCCAAUGUCUGUAAACUUUGCAACUUUUCAGUGAGAAACUUCGCGAAGACAUCUGUGAAGCCAUUGGUUCGAGAGAUGGACACAAAUGCGAAAACCGACGAGAAACUGGUGAAAGAGGUGUUCGAACUGAAGCUGAUGGGUCUGGAAGUGCCGGAGAAGUACGGCGGCUCCUCAUCCACGUUCUUCGACGUGGCACUCGCUGUGGAGGAGCUGUCGAAGGUGGACCCGGGAUUCGCGUUGACUGUCCACCUUCAGAACGGUCUGAUUGUUCCGAUGCUCAUGGAGUACGGGAAUGAAGGGCAGAAGGAAAAGUACCUGAGGAGAGUGUGCAAGGAUACGGUAGGCCGGAACUCUUUAAAUACAUCAGGCGCAUUCCCUUCUCGGUUCAGAUUGGAGCAUUCGCCCUCACCGAAACCACCUCGGGUUCCGACGCGUUCGCAAUGAAAACGACGGCCACGAAAGACGGAGACGAGUUUGUGCUGAACGGAUCGAAAUGGGCAAUCAGCAACGGACCACUCGCCGACUUUUUUCUGAUUAUGGCGAACGCUGAGCCGGAGAAGGGGUACAGAGGGAUCACGUGUUUCCUCGUCGACAAAAAUACGAGCGGAUUGAGUUUGGGGGCUCGCGACGAGAAUAUGGGCAUGCGGGCAUUGGCCACGUGUCAAGUACACUUGCAGAAUGUGCGAGUUCCCAAGACGGCGAUUCUUGGAGAGUACGGAAAAGGUUGGUGUCGUUUGAGGCGUGAAUUGAAACAGAACAAAAUGAUUUCAGCCUACAAGUACGCGAUCAGUGUGCUCAACGCGAGCAGAAUCCUGAUCGGAGCUCAGAUGGUCGGACUUGCGCAGGGAUGUUUCGACGAGACGAUUCCGUACUUGCGCGAGAGGAAACAGUUCGGAAGCCGGCUCAUUGACUUCCAGGUGAGUUGGCGCCCGAAAAAGAAGCUCAUUAAAGUCAUUUCCAGGGCCUCCAGCACCAAAUCGCUCAAAUCCGAACUGAAAUCGAAGUGGCCCGUCUGCUCGUUUACAACUCGGCCAGAAUGAAAGACUUCGGCGCGCCCUUUGUUCGAGAAGCUUCCAUGGCCAAGUACUACGCUCCGGAGGUAAAUAAAUUCUAUUCGAAAUGCGGUCGGUGACAAUUAUUUCGUGCUCAGGUUGCGUGCAAAACGACCAAAAGAUGCAUCGAAUGGCUCGGAGGAGUCGGAUUCUCGAAGAAGUUCACGGCCGAAAAGUUCUAUCGGGAUGCGGUCAUCGGAGGAAUUUAUGAGGGAACAUCCAACAUCCAACUGAAUACCAUCGCCAAGUUUGUGGACAACGAGUAUAAGAUUUGA